GCCAACUGCGACUUUGUUUAGCUGCGGCAAUGACUGCCAAAUCAAAUGGCACAAGCUGUCCUGGGCGCGUGCUGGUUUACUCGCACUCUUGGCUGCCGCAGCAGGUGGACGGAGUUGCUGUCCGGAUGAUGGCACACGUGAAUGCAAUGAGGAAGAGAGGAGUGAAGGUUCUUCUUGUUACUCCUGAUUUUGUGAUGGAAGGCGAGAACAAGGAAGUGCCUAAGUUUGACAUCAGCGAAGGCAUUGAGCAUGUGACGCUACGGACGCAAAAAACUCCAGUGUAUCGCAAAAAUAUGUGCAUGUCUAUGGCCUUUUCCAAUCUGCGGGUGCUUGUCCAAGCAAUCCAGCGCUUUCAGCCGGACUUAGUGCAUGCGACACAAGAAGCAUCCUUGCAAGUUGUUGUCACUGCGUGCAUCUAUUGCGCUGUCCCCUUGACUGUUUCACUGCACACGGAUGUGGCACAAAUAGCUGCUCGCGAUGAUGGAUUCUCUUCUAUUGGUGGCUCGAUUGGACGCCUUCACUCAUGGAUUUCUGUCCGGAUGGUGCACUGGGGCUACAGAAACUGGGCUUUGGGCGGUGCAAACUUUUUCCCCGUAUCACAACAAUCGCUUGUGAUUUUGCGAAAUGCUGGCGUGUCAGAGCAGAGAGUAGCUCCCAUCAUUUGGGGCCCUAUGGUGGAUCGGGAUCAAUUUCGAGUUGAUCUUCCGGAGGACUCAAUUGUGCAGGCUCGCAAAAAAUUGACGUUUGGCAUGCCAGAAUCCUACCUCAUGGUGUAUGUUGGUCGUGUGACAGCAGAAAAAGACAUUCAGUUCCUCCUGGACGGUCACAAGCGAGCUCCGAAGCAUGUGGUCCUGGCUCUGAUUGGACCUGGCUCCAUGGCAGACGAGCUGAAGCAGUUCCACGGGGAAGAGCACCGCUUGUACUGCACUGGUGAACUUGCAAGUCGGGAGGAAGUUGCACUUUUUCUUCGCGCUGCUGAUUUGCAUGUGUCAGCAAGCCGAAUGGAAACAGUCGGUUUCACAGCAAUGGAAUCCAUAAGCUGCGGGACACCCAUGCUUGCAGCAAAUGCUCAAGGCUUUGCCAUGUACCUCACACAUGGAGUGAACGCUCGGCUUUUCACUCCUGGAAGUACUGAAUCCUAUGAUCGCGAGCUGGCGGAGAUGAUGGCGACAAAGCUUGAAGGCAAGUGGUCGCGUGAAUCACUGCGAUCUACGAUGGAAAUGGCGUCUAUCGAUGCCUGCACCGAUCGAGCAUUUCAAGCGUAUCUCACAAGUCCUGCCAAAGACUGGCGUUACAUCAGAUUGGUGGUAUCCCUGUUCUACUUCGUGCUGAACUGGUUCUGCUCCAUUGCUUUUCAGUAGACAGUGCCACCGUAACACUGAUGCACAUGCCGCGCUUGAGAUGCCGUGCACGAGUCGCUGUGACAAAGAAUGUUGAGGCUGUAAAGCAGGAGUCCUGCUGGGCCAUUUUGCUUGAGGAGUCGACGGAUACGAUGACUGCUGGGUGGAUCACGCUGGUAGUCCUUCGCAUACAGUAGUUCGGAUCAGUUCAUGUGCAAAGGUGUCAAAUGGACAUUGUUGCAAAUCAGACGUUUUGCCAUCUGCGCUCGAAAUGCAGG